CAGGUUUUACACUCACACCAUCGUCACACGAGCUACAUAUAGCCUAUAGGUGUGUCUGUGUGCAUGUGUUUGUUGUAUUAAACCGGGAAUAUUCACAAUGUGUGUGACGUCAUUACAUAUGAUCACUUACUAAAAUACAUUAACAAACUUCGCCUCUUCAUGCUCUCUACUAACCAAUUAACGAAAACGAACUUUCAAAUCUUCUCCUCUCCUCUCGCUUCAUCUCCCUCUGUUCCCGUCUCGUCUUUCGAAUCUGAACGUAAAAGAAAAUGGGUGAGAACGCCAUCUCAGGUAAUCUCAAGAAUCUCGUGGUCUGUUUCGGUGAAAUGCUGAUUGAUUUCGUGCCAACGGUUGGAGGUGUUUCACUCGCUGAAGCACCAGCUUUCAAGAAAGCUCCAGGAGGUGCACCUGCAAACGUAGCCGUUGGUGUCUCUAGACUCGGUGGCUCCUCUGCUUUCGUUGGAAAGGUUGGUGAUGAUGAGUUUGGACGAAUGCUAGCUGAGAUUCUAAGGCUCAACAACGUGGAUAACUCCGGGAUGAGAUUCGACAGCGAAGCACGCACUGCUCUCGCCUUUGUUACGUUGAGAGGUGAUGGAGAGAGGGAGUUUCUGUUCUUCAGACACCCUAGUGCCGACAUGCUUCUCUUGGAGUCUGAGCUUGACAAGAACCUGAUCCAAAAGGCAAAGAUCUUUCAUUACGGAUCUAUCAGUUUGAUCGAGGAACCGUGCCGGUCCACUCAGCUCGCAGCUAUGAGAAUCGCUAAAGACUCGGGGAGUCUCUUGUCGUAUGACCCGAAUUUGAGGUUGCCGUUGUGGCCAUCAGAGGAAGCUGCAAGGAAAGAGAUCAUGAGUAUCUGGAAUCUUGCAGAUGUUAUAAAGAUAAGUGAGGAGGAGAUAACAUUCCUGACCGGUGGAGAUGAUCCUUAUGAUGAUGAAGUUGUGUUGCAAAAGCUGUUUCAUCCAGAUCUUAAGCUUCUUGUUGUCUCAGAAGGAACUAAUGGCUGUAGAUACUACACUCAGGAGUUUAAAGGUAAAGUUGGUGGAGUAAAAGUGAAAGCAGUGGAUACAACCGGUGCAGGAGAUGCAUUCGUGAGCGGUCUAUUGAACAGCUUAGCUUCUGAUCUCACUCUUUUCACUGAUGAGAAGAAGCUAAGAGAAGCGCUUCUAUUCGCAAACGCUUGUGGAGCUAUUACUGUGACAGAGAGAGGAGCUAUUCCGGCAAUGCCCACCAUGAAUGCUGUUCAAGACCUUCUCUCUUCUUCCUCUCGCCCCUGAAAAUGCUCAAGAAGUCUUUUUUUUUUAAUGACUCAACUCAUUACCUUUUUCACUGUAUCUUUGUUCCUAAUUUGAUAGGAACUCGAGAAUGUUGUGUGUUUUCUAGUUUGUUAAUCUCCUGGUUUUAUGUUAAAGUUGGAUUCUGCUACUAGGAACAAAAGUUUUGCUCCAUGAAAUGU